AUGUGCCUCCUUGCCCGUGCCCGCUGCCUGCAGGCCUUCCCGACCCACGAUGCCGUGGUGAGCCUGCACCAGGGCGUGCGGCUGAGCUACCGAGAGUUCCACGCCGCGGUGGAGGAGGUGGCUCGCGGCCUGCUGAGCCUGGGGGUGCAGAAGGAGGACCGUGUGGGCAUCUGGGCGCCCAACUGCGCGGAGUGGGCGGUGCUGCAGUUUGCCACCGCCAAGAUUGGGGCCAUCCUGGUCAACAUCAACCCCGCGUAUCGCGCCUCCGAGCUCGCGUACGCGCUCGGGCAGGCGGGGGUGUCUGUGCUGGUGCUGGCGCCCGGCCUGCGCGGCGGCCGCGGCUUUGUGGAGAUGGCUGAGAGCGUGCGGAAGCAGACACCGCAGCUGCGCCUGCGGCUGCUGCUGGCGGAGGAGGGCCUGCCGGAAGGUGGGCUGGUCUGGCGGGCGGUGUGCGAGGCGGGGCGGGCGCCCGCGCUGGCGGCGGCGCUGGCUGAGCGGCAGGCGCAGCUGCAGCCGGAGGACCCAAUCAACAUCCAGUACACCUCGGGCACCACUGGCUUCCCCAAGGCCGCCACCCUGUCCCACCGCAACAUUCUGAACAAUGGCCUCUUCAUCGCCCGCACCUGCCUCUACACGCAGCACGACAGGGUUUGCAUCCCCGUGCCCCUCUACCACUGCUUCGGCAUGGUCAUCGGCAACGCCGCCUGCGUGGCCUCGGGCGCCGCCGCCAUCUACCCGGCAGAGUCGUUCUCGCCGGAGGCCGCCCUGGCGGCGGUACAGGCGGAGGGCUGUACCUCGCUGUACGGCGUGCCCACCAUGUUCAUCGCGGAGCUGGCGCUGCCCACGUGGGUGGUAGUGGUGGUGUGCUGUGCUUACCGCCUGGACAGCCUGCGCACGGGCGUGAUGGCGGGCAGCCCGUGUCCGGUGGAAGUCAUGAAGAAGGUGCGCACCGAGAUGCACAUGGGCGACGUGACCAUCGCGUACGGCAUGACGGAGACCAGCCCCGUCUCCUUCCAGUCCAGCGUGGAGGACCCCGUGGACAGGCGCGUGUCCACCGUGGGGCGCAUCCACCCGCACCUGGAGGCGCGGGUGGUGGACCCAGGCACCUGCAAGACGCUGCCGCACGGCUCGGUGGGGGAGCUGCAGGUGCGGGGAUACUCUGUGAUGCUGGGAUACUGGGGCGACGCCGCCAGCACCGCUCAGGCAAUAGACCAGGAGGGUUGGAUGCGGACGGGCGACCUGGCCACCAUCGAUGCCCAGGGCUACUGCAACAUCGUGGGGCGCAUCAAAGACAUGAUCCUGCGUGGCGGCGAGAACAUCUACCCUCGCGAGGUUGAGGAGUUCCAGCACACCCACCCCGCGGUGGCAGACGUCCAGGUGUUUGGCGUUCCCAGCCGCCUGUACGGCGAGCAGGUGUGCGCCUGGGUGAAGCUCAGGGACGGCUUCUCGCACGUCGGGCGCGCGGAGCUGCGGGAGUUCUGCCGGGGCAAGAUUGCGCGGUACAAGGUGCCACGGUACUGGAAGAUGGUGGACAGCUUCCCCAUGACCGUGUCGGGCAAGCCCCAGAAGUACCUGAUGCGGGAGCAGGCGGUGCAGGAUCUGGCCCUGCCGCCCGCGCGGCGCUAG